AUGCGCCAUGGCUCUCUUCCUACCAACCUGGUCAUGGUCCCCAACCCACCGGAGACCAUGGGCGAAAAGUCGACGGCAAUAAGCAUGGACCUGAGUGCCCGCGAAAAAAUCGUAAUUCGCCACCGACUUGGUGCAAAGAAUCCGACCCUUCCUGUCAAACAGCAGACCCUGAGCCGGACAGUGUCCAUUUUUAAACGGAAGCAGGAGCCAAAGCCUGAAGCAUGUCCAUCAGUGGAAGGCACGAGUGGCUCACAAGAUCCUGGAUUCACGAUGAUAGCAAAGAGCCCACAAUCGCCGCAUCCGAUUAUCAGGCCUUCUAAGAAAGGCAUCCUCCUGAAAGGUCCGCGGAUAGAAAAACGAGUCAAGAGGAAGUCGGUGACACAGAGCACCAAGUCUUCCCCACGCAGCCCCCUCUCUCGAGAAAUCAAGAUCACCACCACACUUUACGGCCUGAUCAAUCUCGCCCAUCACAAUAUGCGGCAGAAUAUGAGAGAUGUGGAUGCACAUCCGAUGGCUGUCCUCCAUGUCGGAGAUGCAAGUUAA